GCAUUUUAUAUCGUCUGUGCUGAAGAAGGCGAGUCUUAUAGUUCCUUCAGAAUGGGCAGUCUUCCCUCAGAUGCAUCUGGACAACAGCAGCAUCGGGUCAUGGCGUGGUGUCCAUAGCUUUACCAAGUACGUAGGGAUAGUCUUUGAGUCGCAGACCUGAGCAUUGCUUUGUAACGGUGAUAUAUUCAAAUAACCAUUAAUCGUCUGCAUUGUAAUUACGCGUAAUGUUUAAGGUAAUUGAUUGGGUAGACUGUUAGGGACACGGUGCGCUCAGAGCGCGCGGUGACGCAGGGGGGGAAGCGUCUUUCACUUUGAUGCCUGCUCUUGCUGUUUCUCAAACUACAGUUACAUUGUUUUCUCUCAAAGUUGUGCGGGAAAUAGCAGGGCACGGGCAUUAGGUCUGCCUGUUACACGAUGAAUAAUGUCACCUAUUCCCCCUGGCAGUCGUAACCUGUAUUUCUCGCUGUGCGUAACUGAACUGAAACUUUACGCGCAAACACCAAACCUCUCCAAACUGUGUUUCUUUUCCCUCCUCUCCAGCCCAUGUACGCGGAGGUGUCAGCUGUAGUUUCGGUGGAGAGCACUCGCUUGUCCGGUUUUUGUCCGCGGGAUUGGCGUCCUUAUCCAAGCGUACCGACUCCGACCAGCAGCUCCGCCAGAACCCGCAGGGGGCCGUGACAGCACCGGGCCAGCGUGGGCUUCGUUCACACCGCAGAGAAGAUGAAUAUCCAGGUUCUACCAGAACACAAGCUCUCGUCGGUGGCCCCGCUGAAACAGUGCAAUGUGGAGAAAAAGGAGGUAGAACUGAUACUGGUGAAGGACCAGAAUGGCGUUCAGUACACCAGUUCCUCCAUCAUCCCAACCCCCGGCCACCACGCAGGUCCGCCUGGAUCCGACGAGACCCGAGAAACUUGGGGCAAGAAAAUAGACUUUCUCCUGUCAGUGAUUGGCUUCGCAGUGGACCUGGCCAAUGUUUGGAGAUUUCCUUACUUGUGCUAUAAAAACGGAGGGGGUGAGUAGAUACUGUAACAUCUGUAUUAAGAGCAUGCUUUACCAACAUAGUUUAGAGUAGUCCCUGUUGUUAAAACGCACCGCAAGGCUGUAAAUCCUCAUAGUAACAAAGUCACAAGAGAGUACAAGUAUUUGUAUGAUGUUCUUGUCAUGUAGAGUCUCUUAAUGUGGGGUCAGGUGACAAGCACUUUUGAUUUAGUUUAGCAGACACUGCAGCAAUAGUUUUGCCUAUAGGACUCAGAUCUGGAAAAAAGGGUGUUCAAAUUUGAUCUUUAUUUUUAGUUACUUAUUUACUUAUUGCCCUGUGUGCAUUUCAGGUAAAGAGAAUUUAGCUCAUUUCAUUAAGGUGUGUUCAUAAAAAUGUAAGCUUUGUAAAACAUCAAAUACCUAAAUGUAUUUUUGGGUAUCUUUAGAAGUCUUAGUUGUAAAGAAUUGUAAUAAGCCAUCCUUAAACUAUUAAAGUGGAAGUGCAGAUGAGACAUUGUUGGAUCGGUUAGAUUAAGCCAUUAACGUAACAUAAUUCCUUUCAAACAAAUAGAGAAACGGCUUAUAGAAAAAUAGACAUCUUAACCUGUUAUAUUAAAACUUGUCCUGGUCUUAGUUCAGUGUAUAUAUUAGUCUUUAUGUUUAAAUGGUGCAGAAAAUGUCUCUUCUGACAGGGGCAUGCACAUGUUUCCGUCCACUUAACUCUAAAACUAACCAACAAUGUUAUUGUCGGUGACUUUCUUAUCUUUUACGAGUAUGUGUCAAAUGAAGACCUUCUUUCCUGUGAUUGAAAUUUACUGCUGGGCUUGUUUGCAGGGUCCAUCAAAACAAAAGUGUCUGUCUCUUUAGUGUUUAGGCGUAAGUUUAAACAAAAGCAUGAGUAAUGUGUUGAUGACUUGCAGUGCUUUCUAAACUGUGGCUUUGGGUGCGGUGAUGUUACAGAAAAAGGUACAAAGGACUGCUUGAAACAUAGUGUUGUUUUUCUUCAUCACACAUGACAACACAGUGCUCACUGGAAGGUGUGCUCUGUCCCCGAUGCUCCAGUGAGUCUAUUCACGUGCUGAAAAAUCAACAUGUUGUGUUCAGUAGGGCCAGCAAGGGUCAACUCCACCACCAGCCUGUCAAUCACGAUGGCCCGAAGCAAAGUGUAUUCAUUACUGUAGAUAAUGUGUCAUUUGUGAUGGACAAUGUCAAGAACAAUUGAAUUAUGAAGAGUCAUUUCCUUGUUGGUGUGUGAGAGUGCGACAGAGGCACAGCAUGAAAAUAGCUGCGAGCCUUCCUGCUUGUAUGUCAUGGUGGAUUGUUUGUCCAACAUUGUCAAGACCCCCUACCAACACUUUCUUUUCCUCUUCUAAUUUGGGUUUUUUGUUUUGUCUAGCACUCACGUCCAUAAUUAGCAGCUACCCUCCGACAUCCUUUUACUGUAGAGAAAAUACAUGUCACAUGCAGGGAGGAAAAUGAAAUCUUGUCAAAAUGCAUGAAACCUACUUUUUCUUCCUCCCAGGUGCUUUUCUGAUCCCCUACAUUCUGUUCCUGGUCAUUGCGGGGAUGCCAUUGUUCUACAUGGAACUUGCCUUGGGCCAGUACAACAGGGAAGGGGCAGCUACAGUGUGGAAAAUAUGCCCAGUCUUCAAAGGUGAGCUCUAACUCAUGCUCAUGUGAUAGCCUGUUUGCUUUCGUCUCUCUCUAACCUCUUAAACUGUGCUUUUAACUGCUCUGUCAUGAUCUUUCCGGCUUCGUUUCAGUGCCUUGCCCUUUUGUUUCUUGUCCUUUUCCCUUCAUAAGUUCAUAAGCGUCACUUGUAACUAAUCUCUUUUUGUCACAUUCCAUCUCUCUGUUUCACCUCCUUGUAUGUUUUGAUCCCUCUCUGCUUGCACUGCAACCUUUUACCCCAUCUGUGUUACUGCAAAUGUCGAUUUCAAAACGACUAACCAGGCGCUGUCUGUGCAUGUUGUUAAAUGCAGCCCGGGUCACUUUAACAGCACAUCAAUAGGUUAAAUUAACAAGAAAGACAUCCGGACAGUCUCAUAUUGACACGUCCUAAAGUGCACUUUUUGGAGAAAACUUUGAGUGCACUGUAAAACUUGACUCUAUGUCCUGUUAACUCGUCAACUUCAGCUUGCCUCAGAUUUGAUUCACCCCAGGCUUCUGGUCUCUAAACCUGUAACAAGCUGUUUGACUUCUUGCCCAGAUUAGCAGGAUAGUAAGAUCUGAAGUUUAUCUUAACUACACAUCUGAACAUAAAGCCUCACUUAUGCAACACAUUAUUCCUCGGUGCCUGUUUCACCUUUGUCAGACAAGUUCACUUGACUGCACUGUUGAAUCGACACCAGUUGCUGCUUUCAUUGGCUCCAGGAACGAGAAAGGCUUUUGUUUUUCCUGCCUAGGAUGAGCGAGUGAUGGGUUUAUGACUUCUCUGAUAUCACGUAAGGUCCUCACAUUCCAGUCAAAGCAAAACAACUCAUGAAAGAAGACAAGUGCAAACUGAUGGAAAGUAGGCAUUUAGGCCCAAAGGAUAUGUUUAUCAGAGAGUGGAAUACCUGUUAAUUCACUGUUGCUGGAGAGUAAUGCAAAAAUAUCCUUAUUCUUUCUUACAAGUCACUUUUGUGUUCAUUAGGUGUGGGCUACACUGUGAUUGUCAUAGCGCUGUAUGUUGGCUUCUACUACAAUGUCAUCAUCGCCUGGUCCCUGUACUACCUGUUCUCCUCCAUGACCAGAGAGCUGCCGUGGCUCAAAUGUGGCAACAUCUGGAACAGUGAGAACUGCACCGACCCCAAAGCCAUCAAUGGCUCCGUUCUUGGAAAUGGGACAUCUUACGCCAAGUACAAGAUAACCCCAGCGGCAGAGUACUAUGAGUGAGUGCUGAAAUUAAGAUUGCUUUAUCUGCCAGUGAGUGUUGUUGAGCAUGCAUGUUGAUCUAUGGUGUUAUAUGUAGUGUUAUACUAAAGCCAUAUUCUUACCAAGCUAGACUCCUCUAGCAAACGCUCAUCAAGUGUUGCCAACUUAGCGACCUUUUCACCAUAUUUAAUGACCUUUCAUGACCUCUAAGUGACAAAUCUAGCAACAUUUUCUGGAGAAUAGAGACUGAGAUGAAAGCAUGUAUACUCCUCUCAAGAAGCAGAGGGGCAGUGGGUAAUGCGAUGGACCCCUGCCGUGGGUGGGUGGGGGAUAAAUGAAAAAUUAUGCAAAUGUGGUAAUGACAUUAUCUAGUGACUUCUACCACAACCAAUAGCAACUUUCCUUACUGAGGAGUUGGCAACACUGCACUCAUCACCUGCUUUCAAUAUAAAUCAACCACACCAUCUCUUACCCACAAAAUAGACAAACAACUUGACGCUUGCCCCAAGGCUGUCUAUAUUUGACCAAAGGACAAUGCCUUUCUUCAGUUCUUCGGUAAAAAUCCCAAAUGAACCAUAAAUUUUCUGCGAUUAGUUGACUAAAUCAACUGGGUAAUUUUCACAAUCUGUACCAUAGCAUAGCCACACCCAACACAAAUUAACAUUUAGCAAAAACUUAAACGUAACAAAUUAAGUAAGGUCUGAAUUAAAGGUACCCUCAGAGACUUUUUAGAGACACACUACUUGGUACAUAAACCCCGAAUCACAAAAGGAAGAGGGCUGUGAUGUAACUGAGUGUCAAUGGGCUUUAAUAGUUGCACAACAUGCUGUACUGCACAACUAUGAAAGAAUACAACUGAACUCGCAUGCAACGGUAUCCUAACAAAACACCUGAGGUCAAGCUUCUCACACUGUAGCAACAAUCUACCGAGUAGUUUUUGUCGCUAUAUGAAUAUUACAAGCUCCAAGUCCAAAGCUGUGCAGAGAAGUGAUCCAAGAACAAGAUGAAUGUUCAAGCGUCGAAUUGAGGGAUUUACAAAGAUAGAUGUUAUGCAGAUUGAUGCCUCCACUUCAGUGUAUUGAUUACAGUAUUUUUGCCAUUGUGUAAAGAUCAGAGUGCUGUUCUGUGUCUUAAUGUAGCCACUGUCUUCCUACAACCAUCAAUGCUGAGGUGUUUUGUUCAUUGUUUUUGUACGCUCCCAUGUGGACACUUACAGAUGGCACAAAUGGCUGAGUUUGUAUAUUGCUGAUGCAGUCCACUCCAAAAAAAACCCUCCAGGUCUUCACUAAAAAACAAGCACAUUAUACAUAGGAGUUGACACCAGUCAUACAAUAAAGAGCAAAAGUGUCUGAAAGACCAAGCCAUAAAUGAUUCCACCUUUAAAAAGGUGUAGACAUGAGAAGUUCAAAUGCACUCUUUGAAGCGCAAAAAAAAAAACUCCAUCUGUUUGUAGUUCAAAGACAGCAGGUUCUCCUCCAACUUCUGUGAAAACCAACUGUGCAGCCCAGAGGAAGUCUGUGAGGAUACUUACACUGAACGGGGGAUGCAUGCAAGGGGGUGACGUGCAGUAUACAUACAUCCAGACACAUGAUUGUGUUUGUAAAAAGUCCCCCUCCCAUUCUGCUGGGCUGCACUAACAUGAUCCACAUGUUUAUUUAAUCAGUAUCCCUGGACAUCUUUCAACUUCCAGGAACUCUCAAACCUGAUACAUUAAUAGUAAGUAAACAGUCUGGCUUUGCAUGAAAAGGUCAGCGUUCACACGUAAAACUUGAUCUUUGUAAGUCUAUACAAACUUUGAACGGCGUGAUGCAAUUUUACUCGUGUAGUACGUGUGGUCUAUACAAUCACAAAGCUGACACACUGGAAAAUAUCACUGCAUUUGUAUGAACAGGCUGACAACAAUGAAGCGCUGUGAGACAGAUUCAGCUUUGGGUUAUGCUCUGUAGGGGACUAUAAAUCCUCCUGCUUACAGCUAGCUUUGAGUACAGGAGCAACGCCAAGGCCCAGCAUGAGAGAGUGAGGCCAACUGAGUCAACAAUUCUGUUGCUCAAACUCUUACACUCUUCUACAUCCACUAACCCUUAUAAGCCUACUGUCUAUUACUCAGUGACGGUUUGCUAUGUAGUAAGGCCCUCUACUACAGUGAUUACAUACUACAAAGCUUAAGAAGGAUCUGUGUUGUUUUCAUUGGCUGCACCUGUUUUAAUACCAAGCAACUGAACUUUCACUCUAAAAGAGAUCUAAAAGGUGAAGUGGAUGGUUUUCAGCUUGUUAUCUAAAGGUUGAAUAAGUCUCUUCCUCAAUCUCAUUGCAAUAUCAUUUGACUGUGGCCAGGAUUUUCCAGGAUCACACAAACGUUACAUAGAGAAUUUCUGCUUAUUGAGACGUGCACCACAGACACAGCAAACUAACAAAUCACCUUAAAUCGUGUUUGUGGGCACCUGAAUAUAAGGCCAACAUCCACUGAAGUCUCCCUUUUUCCUUUUUCCAAGCAGCUAAGUGCUGAGCGUUGUUCACUUCUUAGUUUCAGAGUGUUGUAGUUUUCCAUGGUUACUGGCCAGGUAAUAAACAGUAGGUUUAUCAAAUGGGUUUGACAACCGCUAAAUGUCAGUUGUCAAAACAUGCAGGCGAUUUGCAAGAUCUACCAAAACAAAAUGAGCUGAAAGACGCCAAAGUGGAACAACUACAAUACAAGCGAUCAGUUAAAGGUUCAACAAGCAGAAUAGAACAUUAAAAUAGACAACUACAUAAGACAUUAUUUGAUCAGCAUAUAAAAACUGAAGAGCCAUUUGAAUUCAUUUGCAUAGAUUUAAAGUUGAGCAACUCUGCUUUACCAAAAUGAUCCACACAAAUACAUUUGAAUACAAAAUUAAUACAAGCUUGAAGCUGAUGCCACUUACUAUCACAUGCAAGAAGUCAACAAUAAUAUAUAUCAGACUGACAUUAUUAGUUAAUGCUAAAGUGGAGUGAUUGGCAUUUUGUAAAGAAAGGCAAAAGACUGACCAUUAAAACAAAUCCAGAUAUUUUUUUGUGAUUCAUUUGAAAAAACUUGCGUAGCCUCAAGAGAUCAAAAACACCUUCCAGAUGUUAAACUCAAAAAUCACAGCUCUGUCUAUGCUUAAAGGAAUACAAAUCAUAAAGCAGCGCUGGGAUGGGCUUUCAAAGACUUCACAGAGCUGAAGCAGACUUGAUCAAAAGUGCUUGUAAAAUAAAACACAGUUGGAAACCCCUUACCCCCUUUGCCUUUCCAAAAGUUGGGGAGUUGCAUCAAAAAGUUCUGUAACUUAUUAAAUUUGCUUAUCUAUACAAAUAUUCUCACCACUUGUGACAUCUAAACUUGACAUCUAAACACACAGUUUAUCUUUUGGUUCUUUUUGCGCUUGGUCUGGCCCUUAAUCAAUGAAAGGUCAGAAAUUGGACCAGCAAGGCCAACAUUCAAAAUGCAGCUUAAACUAUUUUAUGUUUUUAUUUUAUGUGUUUGAUUCUCAAGGUGUGGUGUUCACUGAAACUGCUAUGUGAAUCAUAAAAUCUCCAAACAAACUCAGGGCGCUCGGUACCAGCUUUCAUCCUCCAAACAUUUUAAAUCAAGUAGACACAAUGUUUAUCAUACGCUGUUGUAGAGCUCAAACUUUUUUUGAAGAAAUAAACUGUUUUUAAAGUUUUACUUCAAUAGUAUUUCAUUUUCCUCAGUAGAUGAAGGAUUAACCAAUUGAUCAAAUUGUAGAUAAGCAUUUUAGAUUAAGUCCAGACUGAAGAAUAAAUUAACCAAAUAAAAACUCACUUUCUGUUAAGAUCUUACCCUGAGGCAACCACAUCUGAUUGAGUGUCAAGGACAACUAGACCUGAUAAAUAGCAUUCUUUAAACAAGGGCUUAAUUAAAUAAAUUGCUUUUAUUCAAUCUCACGCCAAGAUUUACUUUUGAAAUAAAUAACAGAAUCAUUUUAUUAAAUAGAUUAAGUGGAAACAAGCAGGAAUCUUUCAGCUGUUUCUGGUCAACUGCUUUGUUCUUAUUUUUGUAUACUUUGAACGCUCUGUUUCAAAUUGUGUCACAAAACAUUCAGACCGUGCUGCAUGCAAUAGUGUGCCAGCUUCAAGUACACAGAGGGCAGCUAAUGGCAACAUUUAGUGUCUAAAAGCAACAUCAUCAGCGUGCUGAGUGAAGAUAAGAGUGAAUGAGUUUAGAUCAACUGGGCCAAAGGGACCUGGAUUGAUGUUACAGUGGGCAUUUACUGGCACUGCACUAUUAAUGCUAUCAGAUGAACAAGGACGCCUUUGGGCAUUGCCACACAACACCAACACAAGGACUUCAUGUCAUGAGCAUAGACUAAAUGUCUCUCUCUCCAAACAAACUGAUGUCUUCACACUGCUAUCUGCCUCCCAAAAGACACUUAAGCUUUGAAUUUAUUAUCACCCAAAGAUAAGUAAUUGCUUAAAAUGAGUUUCACAGAUCCCCUGGUCCCCGAGGAUUGUGUUUUUGAACAUAUUUCAGUUUGCGUGUUCCUCAAGACUUUUGUGUGAGGCUGUUGUGUAAGCAACCUGAGUAUCAGAUCGAAUCCAGUUCCUUUGUUUAUCAACCCUGACCUCACAUGCCAUUUUAAUUGACUCUUUUUUGAGGUUAGUUUUGGAAAGGACAUGCUAUCACUGCUUUGCUUCAAUUUAACAGUCAGCCCCUCUUUCACAAGCUGAUCGUGUACUCAUCAUUUACAACAACACUGUCCUGAACUUUACUGCGGUUUUAGCUUGAGAUGAGCAACAAACUUAUCCAAGCUGUUAGCAACACACAACACAGAUGAAAUGACUAACCAAAACCUAGAGAAGUCAUAUUGUAACAAAGAGGUCCAUAUCCUUCUGUAUCAGUGUGUUGCAGAUGGGUAAAUGUAGCAUUGGCUAUCUUAUGCUGCCCUCUAUUGGCUUUACAUUGUGCAGAUUAAAUAUGUAAAAAAAUACUUUAAUUAAGACGCAUUCAUUACAUUUUUGGCAACAGGAAACACCAAAUAACCAAUACACAGGAUAUUCAAAUGUAGUUGGUGUGAUUAUGUCCAGACUCUUAGGAACUUUAUCAGCUCAGCAUCUACAGUAUACUGCUGCAUUGUGCUUUGCUUUAUUUUGGACAACCCAGGGAAAGUCGGAAAAAGCUAUGAGAAACAAAAUUCAACUACUUUGUCAUAUUUACAUGUGGGAUGCUUAGUGCUUUGAAAAAAAUCAGCCCAACACACAACUAUGUGACUGAGGUGCAGUCAAAGAGAUUGAGUUUUCUCAGCUGCCCAGAGGAUUUUAGGCCUUGCCUUGUCUUGCCUUACUUUGGCUGGUUUAUGUUGGGGUUUUCAGUGACAGAUCCUCUGUGAUUAGGACAUCCAUCUCCUGAAGCACUGUCAUUAAAGCCGCAGCCACCUCAAUGGCUUUGGCCACAUUAUGGGAAGGCUAUUAUCUUGAAAAAAGAGUGGCACAUUUUCACAGCUAGUCUUUUUCACUGCUGUUAGAAGUCAGGCCCAUCACCCGUGUCAUCAGCAAACUUUUGUUGAAUCGAAAAGAAAAUGAAGCCAAAGUUAUCAGACAGUCAUAUCUUUACAUAUGAUCUUUACAACCAUGAUGUGAUUUCUUUGCCUGCUUUUAACAAUUCUGUACCCAUUUAAAAACACAUAUCAUUGAAUUUCUAUCAAGUCUGUUCUGCUAAAUACUGCUUAAGACUACGCAGUACACCUUUAAAGCAGGUGAGCUAUUCUUUUAGCAUAUCCCAAAGUAUUCCUUAAACGCGAUAAGCUACAUUUUCAUAAGACAUCUGUAAUGCUUAGGGGCUCACAGAUGACAGAUACAACACAAGCCUUGUUUUCCUUCUUCCAAACCCAGAGAAAGGCUCACAGCUGGAAGCAAUAUUUAGAAAGUGAUGAAAGAGAUACAAUUUGUCUCCCUUUGUUUCAUUUGGUUACCAUUAAAUACUUGGACUUUUGAAUAUUCACCUUCGUCUCAUAGUAAGUGUUUGGCUUGACUUCCCGAGCUCAAAGAGCUUGAAAAGAUGUUACUGACAGGAUCAGAGUAUUUUAUUUGAAGCUAGAGGGGAGUGAAUAUGUUAGUCAACAGAUGGUUAUGUCAAACAAAAUAAACCUCAUCAAGCUCUCACAGAGGAUAAUACUUUCAUCUACGCACAUUUGUGUCAAAAUAAAAAUUUAAAUCAUUUCUUUAUGAGUUAUGCAACUAAAAACAUUUGCUAAUGAUUUAGCGGGGUGGAACAAGGCAGUUUCAUGCUGGUGCUCCUAGUUUAGGGUAAAGUGCUGUUAUAUAGUAGGCCCUAUUAGGCCAUUCAUCCACCAAUGAACCUUCACUUGAAUCCCUGGCAUCCAUGCUGAGGGUUGUUUGGUUUUGACUCUCCCAACUGAGAUAUAAUCUGGGUGUUCCUGUUCAACAAUUGUUUUAUCAUGUUGCCAGACACAUUACUAAUGCUGAGUACAUCACAUGUGAAAAAGACAAAGCAGCCAUUGCCACUCAAAACAAUAGUUCGGCGCUUGCUAUCAUAACAACAAUGUUUUUGUGUUCUGCAGACGGGGUGUGUUGCAUCUCCAUGAGAGUAGGGGUAUCCAGGAUCUGGGACUACCUCGCUGGGAGCUGACCUUGUGUCUCGUUGUGGUGGUCUUCAUUCUCUAUUUCAGCCUGUGGAAAGGUGUCAAGUCUUCAGGGAAGGUACAGGCCUGGGCUACUACACAGCACUUGUUGCUUCUCAAUUUUUAAUAUGCCCUAAAAUCUGUGUCAGUUUUUCACAGUGUCAACUACUGGAUACCACUGCCCCUGUACUAGACUUGUUUCAUUUUAUCACUGAGUCAUUACAGGAGUUUUAAAAAGUGAAGAUUUACAAGGGUGGGCUUUUUUCCCCUCUCUUUUGUGUGGUAUUUGUGUUCAAGGUGGUGUACAUCACAGCUACCAUGCCCUAUGUGGUCCUUUUUGUGUUGCUGAUUCGAGGUGUUACUCUGCCGGGGUCCAUGGAUGGCAUCAGAGCCUACCUCCACAUUGACUUUGAACGGCUCAACAAUCUAGAGGUUAGAGACAGUACUACUUGUCAAAACAUCAUCCAAAGGUAUUGGGGAGAUUUCAUAUAGGCUGCCAAUGUAAUGAAAAUAGAUAUACUGCAGACGUGAUCUGCCAUUUUUUGAGCUGAUGUACAUGUAAAAAGAUUGAGAAAAGGUUAUGACUUCUACAGAUUCCUUUUGACGUGCUGAAAACCAGGGUUAAUAGUGAUAAACAGUAUACCAGUUAAAAUGUUAUCCAAGGACAAUAGCUUUGUUGUUAUAGACUAAUGAAAUAACACUUCAUCAAUAAAAAAAUAACUAAAUAAAGCCGUACAAAACUGGAAAAGUGUUUGGGGUUCAUUGUAAAACGUCAAAGUUUUAAAACUUUUCUUAUUUGCUCUUUUUGCCGUAGGUGUGGAUUGAUGCUGCCACCCAAAUAUUCUACUCUCUGGGAGCAGGAUUCGGGGUGCUCAUUGCGUUUGCCAGUUAUAACAAAUUUGACAACAACUGCUACAGGUAAGAGCUUAAACCCUGCACUGAUGAUUUUUGAUAGCCCAGGCAAGCCUACAGCAACUUUACAUCCUGCUGUUUUUGAGCAGCCAGACCUUUUCAGCAUGUAACCGGAUCACGAAGCAGCAGAGGUGAUGUUAAUCUGUCCAGCUGAACCCAAUGGCCAGGUGUUCACAGGAGAGAUUAAGUACAGGCCAGGAAGGGUUGCCAGAUAAUAGCCUAGAGCUGUAUUUUAACUGGAUGGCAUAGAACUGCUCUUCUUCGGAAAGAGGACACAUAAGGUUGUGAGCUUGGCUUAUCUUUUCUGCAUAACUAGGUUGCUGAGUGCUGUUCGGGGCACACGCUAUGGGGAAAAUAGUGAAAAUACUUCUCCCUGCAGACAGUAUAUCUUGCUGAAACUCCACAAAAUCUGACUUUAGUUAUUUUACCCUGCAGGACCAAUCACUAGUAAACCCUUUUUGAAUAAAUUGUCCUCGCACAGGAAGAAUAUCAUGUGAAGUGUCAUCACAGUACUACCAAGAUAAGGUUGUGCUGUUCUGUGUGUUCUAAACAUUAUAGACCCUUCCUCUACUGUCAGUCCUCAUUUCCUCUACCUUCUUAAGCCCUAAGUGGGGCCUCCCACCUUCCUCCUCUUUCAUGUCUCUUUUAGACAUGCAUGUGGACUGCUGGCAGGUGGGAUGUACAUUAUAUCCACAGUGGAAACUGAUCAAAUCUGAGCCAGGGAAACAGCAGCAACCAGGAAAAGCAAAGGGUGUUAGAAAAACAAGCACUGAACCCAGACUUUUGUUUAAAUGCCUACACAGAUGGAGGAAAUCUGCAAAAAGUACAGUGUGAUGUUUGAGAGGCACCAUAUCCUCCGUCACACCUAAGGAAAAUAUAACUCCAAGAACAAAGGAGAACACACCCAGUAAAGACACUAGAUUUUUUUCUUCUUUAACAACAACACUGGCAGAGGAAUCAGAGGGGUACAAAAAUAAGGACAAUGCACUGUUACCUUUCCUCUGUACUUACCAUCUUUAGGUGUCUGCUCUUUUAAACGCCACAGGGACUUUCCAAGCCCAACGCCAAAAUGGCUCAACCUGGUUUACUGUGACAACUUUUAUUAUAUUGGCUAAAAAAGUUGGGCAAAAAAAAAAAAAAAUGUUCAAGCUCUGAUCAGACCGUCCAAUCAUUUCAUUUGGACAACAAUAUGCCCACGCACUAACUGCAGAGGCUAAGAAAGUUGGUAAAAAAGAAAGGCAAAUUAAGUGUGUACACUUAGUAAUGGAUUCUCUUUGAUUCACAUGAGUGUCAAAAUACAUCACAAUCACAUCACAGGUCCUACCACAACCCACCGUCCACCACAACCUUGCUGAACCGUGGAGAGACUCUGAGGUUUCUGCAUUUUAAGCCACGGUCAAUUAGGGUCUAUUACGGUCAAUUUGUAAGAAAACCUUAUGUCGGACAUGACACAGCACACUAGAUACAGCUCAAACUAAGAUUAUUAACUUGAAAAUCACUUCUCAUACUUUGGGCCCUGACUUAAAUCCAGCACUACGCAUCUUGGCAUGCAGCCCAAGUGUGGUUAUAAUCAUCAAUACAACAUAAGAUAAACCUUUAUUCAUCCCAUGAUGGUGAAAUUUGCAUUAUAUCCAUGGUGGAAACGAAUACUACUCAAGCUGUAUUUAACCCUAAGCCUAUGUUAGCGCAAAUGGAUGUGUUUGUCUUAAAAUAAGGUUUGGCAUAUACACAUCUUAAGGAUGCUGAAAUUGACAGCCCCUUAGAUCAUCCGGACCAACCCACUAGACCUGGCGGCCUUCUGUAUUUAGUUUGCGGCACACAAUGUCCCCAUUUAUUAUCUGGCAAGCUCAUUUCUAACAUGUAUGAAAUCCAUCUGGUGAUGCCAGAGGACCAGACACACACACACACACACACACACACACACACACACACACACACACACACACACACACACACACACACACACACACACUGCUACCUUUCACAUGCCUGCCUUACCUCAGGCAGAUUCCUGCUCAAGCCCCACAGGGUCUGAAACUCCAGUAGAGAUAGACACCAAGCUCCAUCAUGCGAGCUUGCUCUUAAGCGGCUCUCUGCAGUACAUGCAGAAACUAACACCUGCUCUUACACAAGAAAAAGCUAGAUUUAUUGUUACCCUGAAACCUCUUUCUGCAGCAAUGACGAUAAUGCUGACAUACAGUCAUAUAAAGAGCAUCCAGUGUCCUUUUACCUGCAGUACAGAAUACAGCCAAUGAUUCCAGCAGCAAACAAAGAAAUGUUUACAGCAUACCUUUAUUUGAUGUUAAGCACAUAGAGCAGUUAGUUAACUUGGUUACUGCAGAUUCUGUCAGCAUGUCGAGAGAAUUAAUAAAUUCAUGCUCAGGUGUAACCAACACAGCAUGUCACUUAAUAUGAAAAGGCACUAAAUGUCACUGGUGUUCUGGGAGUGCUUUGGCUGAUGUAACUUAAAUCCCCAAACAAAAUUCUUAAAAAUGAACUACUGCAUCUUUAAUCAAGCUCCAAACAAAGUGUGGAAAUCUGCUGAAAUGAAACUGUCAAUUUGAUUUACUUGUCUUAGAGUAAAGUAAUCCAACCUUCUUUCUUGUAAGAUUUUGUUGUGCUUUUUGCCUCCAGGGAUGCUCUCUUGACCAGCACUGUGAACUGCGUCACCAGUUUCUUCUCAGGGUUUGCCAUCUUCUCUGUGCUCGGAUACAUGGCUUAUAAACAUGGUGUAAGGAUAGAAGAUGUUGCAACAGAAGGUGAGAUUUGGAUACAAGUAAAGAAAGGGUUUACAGAUGCAUAUUGUGCCCCUUUGCUGUGAAAGUCACUACUUAUAUUUGGGCAUGCUUGCAUACAGGUGCAGGAUUGGUGUUUAUCAUCUACCCUGAGGCUAUUUCUACACUGCCUGGAUCAACAUUUUGGGCUAUUGUGUUCUUCAUCAUGUUGCUGACUCUUGGCAUUGACAGUUCGGUGAGUUGCACAGGCAUCUUUGGCCACUCUUGAAGAAUUAUAAUCUUGUGAUUAAACGUUUGAAUACUUUUAAUAGAUUGGAAUAGGCGUAUACAGCUCUACUUCACCUUUAUACAUAAGAAAAAAUGAUAAUUACCUUUUACAAAAAGUCCUUGAUUGGUAUAAGUUAUGCAAUCGAUAAACUGUUUAAAAAAAUGUCCAUGUUUGUGGUUUUGGAAGAAAGGCAAUCUUAAACCAGAGGUAACUCUCUCCUUGUUGUGCCCUGUUCCACCAAUAAUAAAGCAAACACACUCAGCAUGGAAGCACCAUACAAGAUUAAAAUGAUAUCUAUAUAUCUUGCUGAAUAGGCUUUACUGAGUAUGUCAUUAAUCUGAUAUCAUGCUCAUUGCAUACCCAGUGAAAUCAGUUUCAUCUUUGAAAAGAUAAACAGUUAAAUGUUCCCCUCCCAAAGCACUCAUUGACUUGAUAUUGUGCAAGACAAUUUCAGUCGUUAGAAUGUGUUAGCAUGCUGUAAAAGUACAACCGUUGUUACCAAUGAAUACAGGGGUUUUUUUCUGUUUUGAAGGGCUUAACGAUAUCAUCUUUCUUCAGCAAACUGUCACUAACUUGAUUCACUGACUCACUCCAGGCCACUGAGCUCUGUCAUAUAACACUUGGCAUUUGUAGUGACUUUUUGGCGAAAAUGGAAGAGGAGGAUACAACAUACAAAUAUAAGAUUUGCAUGUGUCCACAUUUGUCUAGCUGACAAAAACUAAAUAAAAAUCACAAAAGACGUGGUUCGGAAAGAUCAAAUGAAACUUGGAAAUCUUACUCUGUGCUGAUGUUUGAUUUGAUUGUGCAGGCACAUGUCAAAUAAUAAAGGGGUUCAAAGACAUGUGGAAUCACUUACAAUCAGAAGUAUAAUUUAGCUCCUGUCACUCUGAUGGUUGCUGGAUUUAUGACUUCACUGGGACAAUGAAAAAAGGAGGCAGUCGUUGUAGUUCAGAACUGUACAUGAUGCCUGUUUCUUUAGAAAAGAAACACUGCCAUGCACAGGACGUAUCUUUAUGUUGUUAUGGCGAUGAAUCUCCGGUGGAGUGAGGAGGGCGUCCCAUACUGGCCUGUCUUGUUUAUACCCUCCCAUUUCAAUUGAUGCGCACUCCACAGCUGUGAGUGUAACUUUAUUACAAGUGACACUCAGUAGUGAAGGACAAGUGUGCAGGGGUAGGAUUGGGAUUGGGCCUUGGUCUCAUGUCUUUUGUCUGUUUGUGCUUUCUAGAUGGGAGGCAUGGAGGCAGUCAUCACAGGCCUCACAGAUGACUUCAAAAUCCUCAAAAGAAACAGGAAGCUCUUCACCUUUGCCACAGCGUUUGGAACCUUCCUUAUUGCCCUGCUUUGCAUCACUAAUGUCAGUAUCACUUAUUGAACAUAUUUAUACUCAGUGCUGAAUGAAGUGCUGUGGUGGUUAAAGUCACACUUUUAGACUACUAAAUUGAUCUUUUUCAACAUUUUGAAAAGGGUCAAUUAAGUCCUGAGAGAUUCUGUUUUCAACCAUACAAAAAUACUAAAUAGUUAAAACUGGCUUCAAUAAGUUUGUUUUUUUUAAUGAACUUCUGAAUUACAGUAUGAGACCUAACCAGGUAGAGCCUGUUGUUUUAAAUUCUAGUGUUUCCACAUGGCGUGUAAAAUAAUCAUCCAAAGUUACUGAUCUAGGAGAUCUCUCACUGCUCUUUGCUCCUCAAAUCUGAUAACCUGCAGUGCCUGACACAUGAUCUGCCGGAGAUGAGAGCGGAAAGACUGCGGUUUUCAGUCCAUCCCUCUUAUUAAUGUUUGAUUCUGGUGUGAUGUCUAUUGUAAAAUACGCGACCUCUCAUACCAGUUUGAAUUAAAAUGAGUCAUAAAAAGUCCUUAAAAAAACAAUGUAGUCAUAUAAACUAAUUCUAUAACACAAUUAAUGGAUAGAUGACUUCACGAGUCCUGUAAAUGAAGUAAAGUAUUGACAUAUUUUUAAUAGCUACCCUGUUGCCCCCAAGCCAAAGGUAAAGCUUUGUUCUGUGGGUAACACUAUAAUUUAUUGUCUAAAUCAGAGAUAAGUGCUGCCUGAGGUCUCAUGAUAUUGUCUCUGGCAUCACUGAAAAGUUACUGAGAAUGUCAAAGAACUUUUUCCAUGGAAAAAGCAGUUAUUGCAUCCAACUGUCACGACAAUGUAGAAUUGAAUUAUGGCUGUAAACAGGAAGGGAAAGAUCAAUUUUCCAUGUAGUUAUUCAUUCACAUGGUGAAUCAAAAGAGGGAGAUGGCCUCAUUUAUUACAGAUAGUCAGGUCUCAAUCAGGACAGUUUUUGGUUGGUAGUUCCCGUGGUUCCUAUUCCUAAAUCAAGUCAAUAAAAUGAUUAAGCAUGUGAAUGAUGACUUUCUGAUGUGGGCUCCUUGGCACAAUACUCUGAGUAGGAUACAAAUCAAAGAUCGUUUGUGCAAAAGCUCAAGCACACAAAGGACCCCCUUUUUCAUUCAUGCGAAGCUCGUCUUUAGCCUUACAUGAACAGGAACUUUAAUGAUCAGACAUCAGCAAAAUGCACCUUCAGUGACCUCAAAAUCUGCACAUCCAGCAGCUUGUUAACAGCACAUCCAAGUCCACUUAUCUGUCAUGAAAAACAGUUAGAUAAGAGAUUCAAGCUCUAUAUGGUCAAUUUCUGCCAAAUGUGAGUACAUACACAGGAAUUGGAAAACACAUUUCUCACCAGCCCAUGGUGCAGAAAUACAGAGAAUCAUUUUGAAAAAUACAAAAAAGUACAACAGAGAAGAGUAUAAUACAGUAGAAGAGUGGUAUAUGUACAGUAUGUCCGCAUCUACCCAUGUGCCUACUUGGCUCUGUAUAUGUGUAUAAAUGCACACACACUCUAAAUUUUCCACAUCCUAUCCUCUUUAUAGGGUGGCAUCUAUGUGCUGACCUUAUUAGAUAAGUAUGCAGCUGGGACUUCCAUACUAUUUGGCGUGCUGAUUGAAGCCAUCGGAGUGUCUUGGUUUUAUGGUAUGAUGUUACACUUCAUUUUUGGUAUUCUUUUUUUCUUCACUUAAUCGUUUUGUAAAUGGUUUAAUAUGAAAGAUAAAACUAACUCAAACAUCUUAUCGAUUCAUUAUUUACCGCAUUUGUCAGAAUGAUUAAAAAAGUAUUGCUCACUGCAGGUGUGGAUCGCUUCAGCGAGGAUAUUGAGAGAAUGAUGGGCUUUAAGCCUGGACUCUACUGGAGGCUGUGCUGGAAAUUUGUCAGUCCAGUUUUUCUGCUGGUGAGUGCAACAAAGCAUGUUCAAGUAUUUAUGUUGAGAUAGUUUAAAUAUGAAUAAUGUUAAAUACAAGACAUCAACCGAGGCCAGUCAACCACUAAAUAACUUCUAUGUCGAAACAUUAUGCAAAUAUAUGGCAAAGAUGCUGGUGACAUGUUUGUGAUAAAACUAAGUAGACCGGCAAAGUACAAGUUCACCUCAGUUCCAAACUGUAACUCUGUAAAGAUAAAGGAUAAAGUAAUAUAAUAAGUAGUGUAACACAUGGGUGAUAAAUCCUUGCUUAUUAUCUUAAGGAUCCAGAUGCAGUCAUAAGCAGGUGCUCCUAAAGUGGGUGGGGGGGUUUCUUUACAUUACUCUACAUUGUUGAAUGAUGUAUCUUUAAGUAUUAGAUCGUUGACAAUGUAUGCAGAUACACAUUAUAUCCACCUCACACCAGAGAUGCCUAACUCUAUGAGAACGGGCUGACAAGUGGCAGCUAUUCAUUCACUAAAGAGAAGUGCAAAGCUUGAAUUUUCAUUUUCAUAACAAAGUUAAAUUGGACUUGAUAUGGUUCUAGCCCAGUAAAAAGUCCCUGUGCACCUUUUUGAGGUUGUGGAAAAAAAGAAAUCUACUAAAAUGAAAUCACAUCUCUGACUGGGGAAUAACUCUUAUACGAAAUCACCACUACAAUUGCUGUAACUUGUCUUAAAUGAGCUGUUCCAGACAGACAGUGUUGGCUCUGUGAUGACUGUAAAGCAUCAUGACUCCAGCUCGUGCAUUCUCGGUUAUCACACAGACCACCUGUUGGCUGAGUGAGUUGUGGCUGUCAUAAAUUUGACCCAAAACAAGUCCAUAAACCUUCUAGUUAUUGGAAAUGGCCAGAUUCUAUAAAUGUCUUUCUGUUUGAUCUUCUUGUGUAAGAUGCAGUGAAGCAUCUGCUGUAAAUUGCAACUACUACAGAAAAAUUGUGUAUUACUUACUCUUUAACCAACAAGCUAUUUGCUGCACCAUUACAGUAAUGGUUUUCAUGAUCAAGCUUUAAGAAAACAUUUCCAUUAAUCAAAAAAAAAAAAUCAGGUUCUCAAUUUUAAAAAGUAAAAGAAGAAGAACGCAUUAAGAAAAUAUUGUCCAAAAUCUGAUACUUUUAGAUAAAUUAAUGAACUUAAAGCCUACAUUUGUAAUAACUUUGUCUUCUAUAAUGUUUUGUUUUGUUUUCAGGUGCUGUUGUUCAGGUUUCAAGUGUCUUAUCACUAUAUAAUCUUAAAGUCACCUCUUUUUUUUCAUGUCUUCUGCUUUCUCAUCUUUCUCCUUCACAGUUUGUUGUUAUUGCCAGUACAAUGACAUCAUCAAGCCUGAAGUAUGAUGAGUACGUCUUCCCUUACUGGGCUAACCUAGUCGGCUGGGGCAUCGCCAUGUCCUCCAUGCUGUUUGUACCCCUUUAUGCCAUUUAUAAAUUCCUCAGUGUACCAGGAACAUUUAAAGAGGUCAGUAUGAAAACAUUUUUGCCAAACUGAACAUUUUUAAAGCUUUUAAACAUAAUUGUUUGUCACAUAUUGAAAGACUGAGAUUUGCUUCAUUGAUAGAUUAAAUUUAGCUAUUUCCAGGAUGAUUGAUAAGAGGGGGGAAUAUUGGUUAAAAAAACAAUUCUGAAUAACAGAUAUAAGUACUUUGUGUGAGCAGUCUGUAUGAGAUACAAGUGAGAUAGGUGACAUAAGGACACAACUGCUAUUGCAUAAUUGUAUUUAGAUGAUAUCGUUAGGGGAAUAGUUGUAACCAAAGGGCAUACGGCAGUAUGUUCGUCUUCCAAAGAAAACUUGAAAACAGCAAUUUGAUCUAACAUAAACUUCCCUCUCUGAGCUUGAUGACACCGGCACAUAGAGAAUUCCUUUAGAUAAUAAAACGAUUGCUUCAAAGCAUUGAGAGUUUGUGAUCAUAAUCAUCAAAGCACCAUGCAGCUAUUUUCAUCCUCUAAAUAGUGUUAGCUUUACCCUCCUGUAACAAUCCCCGUAUCUCAUUGGUAUUUCCCAUUGGCACUCAAGAUUUAAUAUUCUUCUCAACAUUCUUUCUUAAGACCAGUUUGGAUUGUCUCUUUCUCACAAUAUCCAGAAUAAUUAUUUUUUAAGUUUAUUAUCAGGAAUUCUUACAGUUUCCAAAACUGUGACUAUUUUAGGACAGACAUACUGUUCAUAAUGGCAGUUCUCCUGAUAUCCAGUGUUGGAUUUUGAUUUGAAGUUUUUUAUUUCUUUAUAUUUUUUUACACAUCUUGAGAACAGCUGUAAGUCUCUGGCUGCAGUCUGGACAAAGCCACACCAGAUUUGGUUUUUAAUUGUUUGUUUUUUCUUUGGCCACACACUUUCUUGAAUCAGUCUGAAUAUAAAUGAAUACAGAUGCACCUCAAUCAUUAGGAAUAUUGUAAAGAAGUUUUUUGAUAAUGUAACUCAAAAAAGGAAGAAAUAAAAUUGGACUCUUUUAUCAUAAAUUAAUUCAUCAGUGUGGAGAAGCUUGCAGGCAAUCAGCCUGUAGCAUUUCUUCGAUGUUACGGAUCUGCUUUCAAGCAGCCAUCAGCUGAUCUACAUUUUUGGUCCAGGUGUUCCUCAUCUUCCACUUGACAGAUAUCUCACAGAUUUUCUGUGGGGUUCAGGUCAGGCCAGUUUGCUGGCCAAACAAGCACAGUGGUAUCACAGUCAACAAACUGCUUGGUAGGAGUUUUGGCACUGGGGGCAGAUGAUGAGUCCUGCUGGAGAAGGAAAUCGGCAUCUUCAUAAGGCUUGUCAGCAGAUGGAAACACUAAAGUGCUCCAUAGUAUCCCGGUAGACAGCUGUGUCAACUGUGGACUUAAUGAAACAAGAUGGAUUGACCCUAGCAGAUGACACCGCACCUCAAAUCUGUGAAAACUUGGAAUGGACAUCAAACAUUUUGGAUUCUUCAUCCCACCACUCUAAGACCUUGACUUCUGGAUGAUUUGCAGAAUUGAUUCACAUCUGAAAAGAGAACUUAGUACCACUAAACCACUGUCAAGUUAUUUUCUCCUUAGUCCACAUCAAGGAGCGUCUGAUGCUGUCUCUAGUGCAGAGGUGGAUGAUUAAGGGGAAUGAAACAGAUGGAGCUUCAUUCCUGAAGACGUCUGAGCAUGGUGGCUCUUAAUGUACUGACGCCAACCUCUGUCAGCUCUUUGUGAAGCUCUCCAAAGUUCCUAAAUUAGAUUUUCUUUGACAAUCUGCCCUCUGUUGCUUGUGCACCUUUUCCUCCCAGUCAGAGAGAUCCACACUAUUACUGUGUUUGAAAAGUAGUUCGCUCAAACAUAGAAUCAAAUCAGUAGUUUAAGUUAAAAAGAAAAUGAAAAAAUAAAAUAAAAAAAUUGAAGCUGUGGGCCAUAGUUUGCCCGGAAAAUGCUUGGAAUAUUUUAGCCUACAUGUCACGAGAGUGGAAUAUAUUGAAUUUUCUCUUUCAUAACAAUAGCUAAUGAGGAACAUUGACAUUUUUUCAGGGUAUUCCAAUUGAUUGAGAUGCACCUUUAUUCAAAGAAAAAAAAAAGGAGUUAGAUUUGAUGUUGGUGUGGGUAUAAUAAGGUCUGAUAGUAUGUAAAUGUGUCAAGUCACACAUUAAGUAGGAAAGCGUUUCAGUGCCAAAUUGAACAGUUCCUUGAAAAUGAUUGAUAUGUUAUAAAAUAGAAAUGUUUGCUCUGUGAGUUUCUCAAAGAUGAAGCACUUUUUUGAUUGUUACGAAUAAUGUGUCUCGCUUACUUGUUUUGCAGAGAAUAGCCUAUUGCAUCACUCCAGAACAUGAACAUCACCUGGUGGCCGAAGGAAAUAUACGACAAUUCAAAGUAAGGGCAAAAGUUGUGCUUUCCUAAGUUACAAUUUCAAGUGGCAAAACAGCUUCAAAUGUUGCUAAAACAGACAGCUAUAAUGCUUUUGGGUGUAAGCCCAUUAAAGAGUAGCUUGCCAAAACAAAUUUAAGUGGUAAAAAUAUAUUAAGUUAGGGUUUUCUGUUGUGUUUCAGCUAAGUCACUGGUUGGCCAUAUGAUGACAAACGCCCAGAAUUCCCUCAUCUAUCUGUACAUCUGGUGUUCGGAGUUCCUGUGUUCUACCAGUGGUCAGACGGACAAGAAAAACAGACUCCAACCUUUCCAGCUUCCUCCCUUUCCUCCUUGUACUUUUACCACCUACGGCUUUUUGUUGUCAGAAGUAGCUUGAAGCACUUUGAUUUCAAAGCAGAGCCUGUUAACAUUUCAGUGCUACUCUUCUACUUCAGCUUGUAAGGGAGGGGCAGUCCAUGGGAUAAAAAUGUACUGUUAUUUGCCGUUGGGCAUCAUUAUGGUUUCAGUAAUGUCUGUGAUGUAACCAUUAUGCUCUGGAUGGGACUGAAACUAAACUUAAAACCAAAACAAUCCAAAUUCACUGUGCACUACUAAAGAGUGGACCCAAUAUCUGCUUUGUUUAACUUCUUUAAGGCCAAUGAUUAUUAUUUAUUUUGUUACUACUGGAGAAAAUGUAUCUGUUCUUGCUGCUCUGUUGACAGAGCAGCUUAUCUGUGUCAGUGCCUUAUCAAGCAAGACACUUCAUGUUUCUCACAGUCUGAACAGGAAGAAAUAAAAUAAACUGUGUUGGCUCAGGAACCCACUAAAUCCAAUCACAGUUUGUGGAUGGCAAUCUCUGGAUUUGACCCUGUCCUUUGAUAUUCAAGUCAAAGAGCUGGAGGUCAACAGUGCAUCAAGGUCAAGCUCGCAAUGAGAAAAAACAGGCCAGAUAUAAUACUCCUAUGUCACGUCCUGUUACAGAAAAAGGGAAUCGCUUAUAUAUCACUAUGAAGCUUUAAAGGAACGAAAGCAGGUUAAAUGCUUUAAGAGGGCCAGGGUCACAACCAGACCUUUGUCUGAAAGAAAAAACUGAGGCUGAACCUGGUUGGUGCCUGCCUUCCUGCUUACUGAAGGUAAAAAAAAUAAAUAAAUCAGCAAAACAAAUGGCGUAACUGUUACAAAGAGUUUUUGUAUAACUGUUUAACAUUUUCUUUACAAACUGUUCAGUCAUUAAAAGAAGAUGUGGCUUUUCCUCAAAACAGCAAGAAAAAAAAAAUGAGUGUGUGCGAGAGUGUGUGUGUGCGAGAGUGUGUGUGUGUGUGUGUGCGUGUGUGUGUGUGUGUGUGUGUGUGUUGGGGGGGUGCAUGUGUUUAUUGGGAUUUUGUUGCCAACCAUAUAGAAUGUUGUUAGUAUACAGUACAUGGAGAAAAGACAACCACAACAGGCCUUUUUCACAGCACUGUAUAUAGCUAUUGUGUCAGCUAAAUGCUAACAACUCAUGAUAUUUUUAUUUGAAACAUAUCUUGUGAUGGUCCACUUUUUCAUCACUAUAGAAGUGCCACUAUGUUCCUUUAGGAAUACUUUUGAGGAUCCAAUUCCAUUUCUUUUUUUAUUUAUUGAGAUGAAGUUGAAUUUUGACCUUGAGUCAUAACAGACCCUUGCUGAAAGGAAUAAAGCCACACAGACAAAAUCAGAUAUAUGUGGAAUAUAUAAAAGAUAUAUAAAUAUAUUCUUUUGUUACAUCUAAUCUUGUAUUUAUCAGAUAGUUUAUAACAAAACGUGAAUGUAAAGUAUUUUAAGCGUAACUGUCCAUAGUCAUAACAUGGUGUUUGAUGUAUAGCUAAGAGGAACUAUUAAGAAAAAAUAUUCAUCAGUGUUACCCAGGGCUCCUUUGUGACAUAUCUACGUGAACAAGGACACCCUGGCUUGGACUAUGUUUACAAAAAUAUUAUGUACAAUACCAACGUCCUGUUCAGUGUGAGUGACAACUAUCCAUGAAGAAGUCUCAAGUAUUCAAAAUAUGAUAAUAAAGAUUUUCUUCUAAACACA